CAUCUCAACACCCUCGAAGAUGGUUCCCUUCAACCCUUGCGCUAAGUGGGCGGAAACUGCCACUCCCAAAGAAAUCGAAAGGACUAUGCAAGAGUGCUCAGAACUGGAGCUUAAGAAUUGCAAGCUUCAGAGGGAGGUUCUUGAAGCGAACGAGAGAGUCGCAGAGGUGAAACGAGACAAGCAAAGGUACCAUGACCUUAAAGCCGAAUACCAAGGCUUAGAGGUCCGAUACCACGACCUCAUGGAAGGGUACGUGAGCUACACGACGAGCGCGCUCAAGAGAAGCCUUAGACUUGAGGAUGAGGUCAAGCGUGUGAAUGAAGAGACGAAGCGCGCACAAAAAGAGCUUGCGAAGAUCAAAGACUUACAAGGUCAGCGUCCGACCUCGGAAUUCAAGCAAAAAGCCAAACACGAGCUUAGGAUUCGUGACAAGCUCAUCGUCGACCUAAAGAAGAAGGUGAAGAACUCGGAGGGGGCGUGUGUGGAGCAAAAGUGGAAAGCUCUGCUGGGGACUACCGACCGUCAUCUCGCAGAGAGAGAGUCCCGGGUGGAGGAAAUUGAAGAGGAGGUGAAUGAGAAGAAUAAUGAGAUGAGGAUCUUGAAUGGGAGACUCCAUUCGCUGGAGGUCCGCAACCCCGGAUUUCAAACCGACGCGGGGGAAAUUGGUGACCACCUCGACCGCUUCGUCUACCAAAAAGAAGUGGUCGAGGAUAAGGCCCGGAAGAAGAUUCGUGAGUUGGAGAAGCAGAUCAAGGAAUCUAGGAAAGAUAUGAAGGAUAUUGGCGACCAGCUCGACCACUUCAUCCACGAAAAAGAAGUGGUAGAGGAGAAGGCCGGGAAGAAGAUUCGUGAGUUGGAGAAGCAACUCAAAGAGUCCAAGAAAGCCGCUGAGGGGCACAUCCUCGACGACGUCGGCUGCGAAUAUGUAGUCGUCCAGGAGGGGGUGGGAAAGCGGACUCGCGGGUUAGAUCUGUUCGACUGCUGGGCAUCAUCAUCGGAUUGUGACUCGGUCAACUCGGAUGGUUACUCUUCUAUGUAAUCUCUGACACUGUAGUUUACGCUUUUUUAAAUGCAUCCGAACAUGGCUUUCCGAAGAAAUCAGAUAACUAGAAGCCGCUAGCCGAAUUGUACGUUCC